GUGAACACUCCGUCGUGUGCACCGAACCGUUGGACAUUUCUUAGCACACUUUUUCAGAAAUGCGGCCAAAUGUAGCAAAUACCAGUUUCCCCAACUAGUUGUUCAUCAUCCUUUCUACUUAUUAUGUAUAGAAGAGACGGCUUGUAUUCUCUUUAAGAAAGUUGAUUUUUAUAAAGUGCUCGUCAUAAUGUCUGUUGUAACAGUGCAGCUUGGGCAAUGUGGCAACCAAGUCGGUCAUCAAUUCUUCCAGACCCUUAUGUCUGACAUCAACAGUCAACAUGAGAAGCCUUCUAAAAAACCAGCUUAUCACUUGGACAGCCUCAGACGUUUCUUUCAUGACCCUAAAGAUGAAUUUCUCCAAUAUACAGAGGGAAAGACACCUGGAGUAGCCCCAUCUGCUAGAGCAGUUUUAGUUGAUAUGGAAGGAAAAGUUGUGCAGAAUGUCGCUGCACAAGCACAUAGGUCAGGAUCUUGGAAGUAUGACAGGAAGCAGAUGUUCUCAAAGAAACAAGGAGCUGGUAACAACUGGGCCGAUGGGUUCCAUGGACAGGGUCCCCGGGUUGAGGAAGAGGUCUUGGAGCGAGUGCAGAGAGAGGUAGAGAGGUGUGAUGCUUUUGCUGGGUUCCUGACCCUCAUGAGUGUUGCUGGGGGCACAGGAUCAGGCGUUGGAACCCGCAUCACCCAGGUGCUCCAGGAUAACUACCCCAAUGCCUUCUUGUUCAACCACCUGAUCUGGCCACAUGGUACUGGGGAAGUCAUCCUACAGAACUACAAUGCCAUCCUCUCACUUGGACAUCUCUACCAGUGUGCUGAUGCUGUUCUCAUAACCCACAAUGACAGCAUGCGGAGGAUCUGUGGCCAGUACAUAACUGCUAAACAAAACAUCUCCUUCCUAGACAUGAACAAAGUCAUUGCACAACAGAUGAACAUAGCCUUGCAACCAGCAUUGCUUGUGUCUGACUUCGCCAAUCCAAAGCGUCCUUCCUCUUUUGGACACCUACUAGAGCAUCUUGUUCCACACCCGGACUACAAACUCCUGACAAUGCGGAGUGUUCCACAAGUCUCGGAGGCUGCUUUGGCAUUCAGCACAUUUAACUAUCCAAGCCUUGUCACAAGGCUCAGGCAGAUGCUGGUGACGGGCUCUGUUAUGGAAGAAGGGAUCAACUGGCAAAUGAAACUGCCAUCAAAACCAUCUGCAUCAAGUGAACACAAUAAAUCCAUUGCUGCCUUGUUCACCAUUCGUGGGAAGGACUCGGGACUGGUGGACACCACAGGGUUUAAGAACAGAGCCCUCUAUGCCAACUGGGUGCCAGGUUCAGCAGCUUUUGCAAUGCAAUCAAACGAACAACCUUUUCAUGGGUUAGAGAAGACAGCAGGCCUGUUGAGCAACUGCCAGACCCCUAUUGAACCCUUGGACAGAGUGUUAAGCAAAGCAUGGAGUAUGUUUGCCAUGAGGGCGUACGUACAUUGGUACACCAGGCACGGUAUGACUGAAGAAGAAUUUAUUGACUGCUUUGCAAGCUUGGAACAAGUUAUGCACAACUAUAGAGAACUCUAAUUUUCAAGCGUUGCUUUGUUGAACCAACUUAAUAAUGGACCUUAAUUGUGUGUUGAUGUCAUCUUGCCACCAUCUUAUUAGCUCUAGGAAAAAUGAAAACGCAAAAGCCAAGUACUUGCUGCACACUGGACGACCUCUACGAGGAGGUGCCCCAUUGCAUGCAACGACUUAAUGUGCGCGAGGUCGAUUAAAUAUGUAUCGCCCUAAAGUGUAAAUCACAAGGGUUUUUCGGAACAUGGGGUUGUUGGAAAAUAAGGGUGACAGACAGGACACAGAGAAGUCACCAACUGGAAGGUUUCCACACAGGGUGUUCCUAAAGAAGAGCUGACAAAAUAAAUAAAGGCAGGCAGAUACAAAGUGAUGAUUUGUAUUCAUUUUAAUUUUAUUUUGGGUAGACCAUUUUAAUAUCAUAGGCCUAUUGUUUAUCUUUAUCUAUCUAUGCUGUACAUGUACAAAACCUGUUCAUUUUGGGUUGAUCACCAUACAUAACAUCAAUGUACUCGGAGGUUUACACUGUGGAAGUACAUUGCAUACGACACUUUCACAUGUUGGGCCACACAUUUACAUGUACUUAUAUUAAGGGACGUUUCCAAAGCUAUAACAUACAUGUACAAAGAAUGGAUUUCAUAUUCAUUUAUCAAGGGAAGCAUGGUUCACAACUUGGUACAUCAAUAAAGGAAGGGCAUAUCAUGUGACCUCAUAAUUAUAUGCAAUACAUUUUUCCUUACAAAAGGGCAAUGUCAAUUUGUAUUUGAACAUUUUAAGGGGCACUACUUCAACACAGACUGCCUCCAUAAAGUACCAGGCCUGCUGAAGUUUUCAUGAGUCGUGCCAUUUCAACUAUAGACUCAUUUUGAGACUCGAAAAGCAAUGGUGGAUCCAAGGAGAAAGGGUGUGCCUCUGCCCCAAAGUAAGUAAGUCAAGUACAUAAGUAUACACCAUCCUUAUUUUCCCCACCCCAUGAAAAUGUCUCUGGGUCCACCCAUUUAGCAGAAGCAAAUUUGCUAAGCAUCGUUUCCUGCUUAACAGCUUUAUGAAGUUGGGACCAACUUGGUCAAGUUUCCCCAUUAUACAAAUAAUAACGACAUAAUGCACUGUAAACAUUGGAUUUAAAUUUGCAUUUUGAGGGCUGCUUUACAAAAAUGAUUUAUAAGCAAUCAUACAACUUGUAGAACUAUGGGGAUGCCAGUUGGCAGCAGGCUUAUAUAACUGUACCAGGUAAAUCCAUUCAGCCUCACUACCUUUGGCACUGGGCCUAUCGAAACCUCUUGUCACUAACCCCUACUAUCGGCUCCGAAAAGUGACUGGUUUGCAAGCAGGCUUGUUAAAAACCUUUGAGCGUUGGUAUGGUGCUUGUAGGAAGCUACACACGUGUCAAAAUACAUUUUUUUUUUACGCAAUUCCCUCCAAAAGUAAUCAUGUUUUUCAAUGUAAAUUGCAUACAGUUAGUUAGACAUGUAACACGAUCAAAGAUAAAUGAUAGGGGACCAGUUGCUAUAUGACUUGAUGUCUCUUUUGCGGGCAACCAUACAUGAAGACAUGAGUGCACCCGAAGAGUGGAUCGGCCCCAGUCCUCAAAUGGGCCAUGUAUUGACACAGUUUUAUUAUUACCAAUAUGAGGGGUUGUGAGAUGGAUAUGUACGUGUGCUCAGACCUAUAGUAAAAACAAUAUAAAUUUUACCUCUUAAUUCUGCUGCCAACUAUAGUCCCAAAGUUCCUAUCAGAGACAAUUGUAUUACAUGUCAUUUGGUUGU